AGUCCAUGGAGACUUCCAGGCUCCAGGUUUAUGGGGGUUGCAACUUUUUUUUUUUUUACCUCGGCAGGACCGUAAUUCAAGUCAAAUCAUGAUCUAAACAGCACGGUCUGGGAAAGUAGCAUUCUGUUGCAACAUGGAGGGCUGGCAGUGUUUUCUGCUGCUGUGCACACUAAGUUUGAAGCUUUCCUCUGGAGACAUGACGAGAAAUGAUGAUGACAUCGACCUUGUCAGCUUUCUGAGAAAUAUCUAUCCCGGGCUGCUGGUGAGAGACGAGCCGUUCAUCACCAAUGGAGACUUUCAGAUAAACUCCCUCAAGGAGCUGGGACACCCUGAGGACCUCGCAAUCACGCAGCAAACCAAGGACAAACCAGUCAAUCAGGAUACAGACGGGGCUCCAGGACCUGUGGUGUUAACCAAAAAUGGCCAGAUAAGGGGGAUUACAGUGGAAAAGGCUCAUGUGUUCUAUGGCAUACCAUAUGCAGACCCUCCUGUUGGUGCGUAUCGCUGGAAGCCCCCCAGACCCGUGAGUCGUUGGUCAGGAGUUUAUAAUGCCUCCUUCCCCAGGGCGGCAUGCAUGCAGCUCUGCACUGGACCUGUCACUGAGGAGUGUCCUCAUGCAGUCAGCGAGGACUGUCUCUACCUCAACAUCUUUGUACCGCUGGGUGUGAACUUCACCUCCCCACUACAGAGACCCCUGCCUGUCAUGGUAUGGAUCCAUGGUGGAGAUUUCAUAGCUGGUUCUGCCUCCAAACCGCUGUAUGAUGGACGCUUCAUCAGCAACUUCACCCACACCGUUGUUGUCAACGUGGAGUACCGACUAGGUGCAUUUGGGUUCUUGGUGUCGGGCAAAGAUCCUCACACCUCAGCUUCAGGGAAUUAUGGGAUCUUGGACCAGCAGGCAGCUCUUCUUUGGGUCCAGCGGAACAUUGCUGUGUUUGGAGGUGAUCCCAGCAAGGUGACAUUAUUUGGGGAGAGUGCCGGUGCCCAGUCAGUGAGUCUUCAUCUGAUGAUCCAGAGCAGUAAGCCUCUGUUCAAACAGGCUAUCCUGCAGAGCUUACCCUUCUCCAUCCCUCUGAAGACCAGACAUGACGCCUUGAAGCUAGGUAAACACUUUGCUAAACAGACCAACUGCUCUGUGAGCGACAUCAUCUGCCUGCUGUCUCUCGCUCCACAGGCCGUCCUGGCCGCCCAGAUGAAAACAAGUUCCAAGAUUGUAAACCCGUUCAGGUUCUUGGAAGUUUUUGAGACUUGGGGUCCGUAUAUCGAUGGGGAGUUAAUAAAAGAGCAGGCAGUCACUGCCUUCCUGAAGGGCCACUGGCAGAAAGAGAAGCCAGUGCUGCUGGGUACUACCUCAGAGGAGGGGGUUCUUUUUGUUUACGGGGUCUUUAGCAAGCCAGUCUCUGCAGUGGAAAGCACUGUGUACAUCACAGCCAUCUUUAAACAGCACUCCCUACGGAUCCUACACAAAUACCUGCCUAUGUACAGGGAUGCUGACCGCAGGAAUAUGCUCGCUCAGAUCGUUACCGAUUUUGUCUUCCUGUGUCCAUCUAGGAGGUCAGCUCGCACCGGCACAGCGGCAGGCAGCGAGGUGUGGAUGUACGUGUUCGACCACGUGACCUCGGACCACCGUGUCUGGUCGGGUCUCACUUUCUGCUACCAGCACGCCUGCCACGGUGCCGAGCUGCCCUUUAUCUUUGAUUCUGCCUCGGUGGCCAACUUCACCCUGUCGCUGCCAGAGAAGCUGCUGUCCAAUCGGAUGCUGUGCUACUGGGGUGCCUUCGCCCACACAGGUGACCCUUCCUCCAGGGCCCAACAGACGUUUUUCUGCCGGCAGCAGCGUCUGCCCGUUUGGCCACGUUACUCUGACACCAGCGGCUGGCUGAACAUGAACCUGACGGUGCGUUCUCAUGCACAAGUGGAAACCAGGAACCAUAUAUGUGACUUCUGGGAUCAACUGGGCAUUUAUUAGUGAGGGAACAGGCUCGGUGAUAAUAUAUGCUGUUCAAUUUAUCACAACCUUUUCAGUCUGGAGCUGUGAUGUUUAUCAUUGUAUUAUAUAUCCAUUAGAAAUAAACAUGACCUUUUAGGAAUUGCUACCAAACAGCAACCAUUUAAUUCUCUCUAUAAUUUUGUAAGGUCUUAAUCUAAUUAUAUGAAAUGUCCUGAGAUGGCUUAUGUUGUAAGUUGGUGCUGUACAAAUCAUACUUCUUCAGCUGCAUGUAAUACUUUUGAAGGCAAAGCUAGCAGUGUAACCAGUUUUUCAAAACAGUUUGAGAGAAACAGGACACAGAUUGCAGAAAAAAUGGAGCUCUUUGUAAAUUUGCAGAUCAGUUUACACCUUUGGUGAAUCAACAAAAUAAAGUCCAGUUUAAAUAUG